CUGCUCUGCUGCCACCGCCGCUGCUGCCUCUGCUGCUCUCGCUGUGUAUAUGUGUGUGUCUGUGUGGGUGUGCGCGUGGAAGCCUGAUGAAAUGAAAUGCCAGCAUUGGGCUACCUCCAGGGAGAGCCUCUCCAUCCUAUAACGUAAGCCAGCCAGCAGCACUCUGGGAUCGGGGAGAAGCUGCAUCCAUCAAGCGACGGGCCUCUAGAGUCAGGCGUGAUCCAACGGGAGGGGAGAGAUUUUUAUAUUUUUUUAAUCAUUCCUCUCUGCUGUGGAGAGAAGGGAUUGUUGUCAACCCCCCAUCCAUCCUUUUUUUUUUAAUAUCGGGUGCCCCCUCCUUCCUCCUCCGCCUCCACUCUUAUUUUUUUUUUUUUACCCCCUUGUUCUUCUAGAGGCGCUCGCUGGAAUAUCAAACCUCCAUGUAUGACAAUUUGUACCUGCAUGGAUUUGAAGACUCUGAGGCGGGAUCAGCUGAUUCAUACACUAGCAGACCAUCAGACUCAGAUGUCUCUCUCGAGGAGGAGCGGGAGGUGCAGGCCCAGGUCCAGAGCCAGAGCCCAAGCCAGAGCCAAGGACCAGGACAGAGCCGUCAGGAGAGGGAACAGCAGGCUGCCAUUCAACUGGAAAGAGCCAAGAGUAAACCAGUGGCAUUUGCUGUGAGGACCAAUGUCAGCUAUUGUGGCGCUUUGGACGAAGACGUUCCAGUACCAGCCACAGCCAUCUCCUUUGAUGCCAAGGACUUCCUGCAUAUAAAAGAGAAGUUCAACAAUGACUGGUGGAUCGGUCGGUUAGUGAAAGAGGGCUGUGAGAUCGGCUUCAUUCCCAGCCCUCUGAAGCUCGAAAACAUUCGACUCCAGCAGGAGCAAAAGAGAGGACGAGUCCAAGGUAAGUCUGGAGGGAACUCUUCUUCCAGUGUGGAGGAUGAGGUUUCUGCCUCUAUCCGACCACUCAUAUCGUCAGCAGGAAAGCAGAAACAGAAAGUGACGGAGCACGUCCCCCCAUAUGACGUGGUUCCCUCCAUGAGGCCUGUAGUUCUGGUGGGACCCUCACUCAAGGGGUAUGAGGUAACAGACAUGAUGCAGAAAGCACUAUUUGACUUCCUCAAACACAGAUUUGAUGGCAGGAUAACUAUCACACGAGUCACGGCAGAUAUAUCACUGGCCAAAAGGUCCGUUCUUAACAACCCCAGUAAGAGGGCCAUAAUUGAAAGAUCCAACACUCGCUCCAGUUUAGCUGAGGUGCAGAGUGAGAUUGAAAGGAUCUUUGAGUUGGCCCGCUCUCUGCAGCUGGUGGUUCUGGAUGCCGACACCAUCAACCACCCAGCCCAGCUUCUCAAGACCUCCCUGGCCCCCAUCAUCGUCCAUGUUAAAGUCUCCUCACCAAAGGUUCUGCAGAGGCUGGUCAAGUCUAGAGGAAAGUCCCAGAGCAAACACCUGAACGUCCAACUCGUGGCAGCAGACAAAUUGGCCCAGUGUCCCCCAGAAAUGUUUGACAUCAUCCUGGAUGAAAACCAGUUGGAGGACGCCUGUGAGCAUCUCGCCGAAUACCUCGAGGCAUACUGGAAAGCGACCCACACCUCGAUGGCGACACCCUUGAACCCUCUGUUGGGACGCAACCUGGGCCCCACCACACUCACUCCCUACCCUACCAGCAUCUCUGGACUGCAGCAGAGCCAAAGAAUGCGACAGAGCAACCACACAGGAGACCACUCGACCCCAAACGAGCGACGCAACCUGAUGACAUCGGAUGAAAAUUACCACAACGAGCGGGCGCAUAAGGGACGCAACCGCAUGUCCUCUGGCUCCCAGCAUAGCAGAGAGCAGCAGGACCCCUACCAGGACUACCAGGAUCCCUAUCAGGAUGCAUACAAGCCACAUCGCAAUCGCAGUUCACCGGGCAGCUACAGCCAUGACUCCCGGCACCGGCUCUGAGCCCACUCCUCUCACCACCAUGGCCCACAUAGCCCAGAUUCCACCCAAAAUAAACGCUGAAAUAGAGCCAAGAUGGUCCCAAAUUGUACCUUUUUUUGGUUUGUUUUAUCUACUUGGCUUUUUUUCUUCUUUCAAAUUCAAAAAGAAUCAUGUUAAGGUAUUUUCUUUUUAACCAAGCUGUCAGGGCAAACCCCCAUCAGUCAGCAGCGUGAGUAGUGAGGCGGUUCAGGCCGACAUUAACAAAACUUCUUAAAAUGAAUUUCUGUGAGUUUCUGGGACCUUUUUGGGAUUGUACUAACACGAUGCUCAAAAGAUGUGCAGCACACGGCUUGGUGCCUGUGUCAACAGUCUAACUCUGGAUAGUGGUUAGAUGGUUAUGAUGUAUGGACUUCCGAGUGCCUGGAGCAUCCACACCAAGUCAGAUAGAAGUCCUCUGCACACAGACUGCUGAAGGCUGCAGCCCCCUAUCCUGGGCCAUGUAUAAAUCCUCUCACCAUUUAGCUUAUUGCAUGCUUAUAAAUGAUCAACCUCUGCAUCCACUUCACUUAUAUUUUGUACCUAGCAUUCUGGAUUCUCCCAUGAUGAGGUGUAGAUACGGAGGUCCAAUUUUGUAAAUCACCUCGUUGUGGAUAGGCGCUCGGUGGUGGGUUUGCGGGUUGGUAUGCAGAUGAUUUCUGGCUGCUAGUUUUGAAAACUGGUGCUUCACAUUCCCAAACUAUUUUGCUAUUUGAAAGUCACUUUGAGCAAGGCCAGCUUUUGUGUAGCAUAGCUUUAGGAUUUUAUUUGGGUGAAGAGCCCCACCGUCAUAAGCAGGACAGAUUCUGAUGGUGCUGGGAUCAGAAUAUCUGUUCCACCGUACAGGCUGUUCUAAACAGCUAGCACUUGGAGAGUUAGAGAAGCCAACAGCUGAGAUUGUGUGAUAUUGUAGUGAAAUACAAUAGCAAAAUUCUACUUGAGAUGCAGUUGAUAUUGUUGAAAUAUGGAUUUGGCAUUAAAAGCAAUGCAGGAGGAGCCUCUUUAGCAGGCUGGGGUGUUCUGUCUUGAUGUUUUUGCCCCUGCCAGUGGCCUGUUUUUAAUCUGUUUGUUUGCUUGUUAAACGUGAAAUUCCAUCUGUUGCUGAAGCUGCAGAUUAUUUUGCAUUUAUUAGCAGUGACAUCAAAGUUACGUAGAGGUAAAACAUGCAUACGGAUGUUGGUUGCUAGCUGGUCAAGUCACUGGUUAAUCUCUAUAAAAGUUCCUUUUGUUGAUUUGAGGGGUUGAAAUGGUAAAAAUGUGACAUGGCAGGAUCGGUUGCACCAUGUUCAUUCUCUGUGUAGCUGGCAUGUUAUCCUGACUGCAGAGCAUGUUCCCUCCAAACGUUUAAAAAAAAAAAAAAUGAACCCUACUGUAAUCAAGUUGGUGUUUGUAUAAGUAUGGGGCAUGUUUCUCCAAAAAAAGAAAAAAAAAAAAAGAAGAAAAAAUGACGUCCCAAACUGCAGAUGAAUGAUAUCUCUGGAUCCCUGCACACUGAAAUGACACCAGAAAAUAUUCUGAUCAUUGGUUUACGUCAUUUAGAAACCGUUAGAGUGGAUUGCAUGGUAUACAAGUGGAGCCAUCUUACUGAUAAGUUUCUGUUAGAUCAGAAAUAUGUUAUAUAUGAGAGAGUGCAGUGAAACAACCGACACGGGCUGAGCCCUGACAAGAAAGAUCAGUUUGCCCACAUAGUGAUUUGUAUGGAGCGUGAGAGCUGCUGCGUUUGCUAAUGAUGAUCUUAAGUUGUGUUAUUAUCAUUUGUUGUACAUAUCCUAUUCUUUGAUGGUAAUGUUAUCUUGUGAUUAUGACUUAAUCAUCUUACUAUUUCCAGAUGACAAAUGGUCCCACUGAACCAACUUUAAGGCUAGUCUAUUAAAACAAAAUACUUUAAAAGGUAUAAUAGGUAACAUUCACCUGAUAUGUGUCCUAUUAUAGUUUAUCCAAGUGGAUAAUGAGAAAGAGGCAUCAGGGCAAAUAAGCAAUCUUGUUGUGUGUUAUCUUGAAAUAAUGAGAUGAGUAAGUUGUUGGAGAGGAAAAAUGUAGUCAAUACAACAACUGCUGGAACAGACUUUAUUAUCUUGGCAGGUUUUACUCUUUGGAUAAAAAAAAAUUUAAAAAAAAACUAUAGUAAUUUUGCCAGCUUUUGGCUUCCAUAUGUUUGACAAGAAACUUUCUCCAGGACCAAGAAAACCCCCACAUGUCUGAUAUGUAAGUCAGACAUUUUACUGGCAGUGUGCUGCUCAUGUUCUUGUAUGUGACAUGAUAUGACACAUACAGGCAGUGAGUUACAAGGCUACUCUCAACAUUUCUACUGCCAAAAUGUUGCACAUCACAAGGAUUCAAAUGUUUUCUUUCAGGGUACGGAGGACCAAACCUGCCAUAUAAUUAAAUACCAAAAUAAACUGAUAAAUUAAACCUAUGUUUGUUGAGAAAUGAAUUAAAGCAUUAAAUAUAUUUAUUCAUGCAAGAAAAUCAAUCAAUAAAAUAAUAAAAUAUGUAAUAAAAAGAAUUCCCUUUUUUAAAGUAUUUGAUGUAUUUAUGCAGUUACUUUGAGCAAAUUGUAAGCCAGUACACUUUAAAAAUCCAUUUAUUUUGCAGUAAGCUGAGUUUGGUCCUAAUCACUGCAGAAUCCAAGCUUGACACAGCUGGAAAAAUGUGACUUUUAGGAAUAAUACCACAUGUACAGUAAGAACGAGAAUGUCUGUCAAGAGUUUUCUUUGGCAUGUUAACACAAAUGUUGUAUCUACUUUUAAUGUUAGAUUUCUUCCCUUCUGACAAAAAUGAUGUAGAGUACUGACUGCUGCAGCACCACAUUAGAUUGGUGCCUUAUAAAUAGCAAAUUACUACUGUUUUGUCUGAGAUCUAUACAGAGUGUUCUUGUAAUAGUUUAAUAGGAUUUGAACAACAAACGUGAAGUUGGAGCUGCUGAUUUUUAUUUUAUUACUUUUUUUUAAUGUAAACAUGUUCCAUUAGGAAUAAGUAGAAUUUGUUAACAGGAGGUUGCAUCUUUGAAUCCAGUAUGAUGUUCCUCUAAGUUGCAUCCAAUGGUGAUGAAGCUACUGCACAAAUUGUGGACAAAUAUCCUGCAACCACUAGAUGGCAGCAUGAGCAGGUAGAAUAAAGUGGGUGGAGGCGCUGUAAGAGUAAAUUAGCACUGAAAAACUCAUGAGGUGCAGAAUUAGCUCCUUUAAAGCUUGAUAAUAUGCACUUCAACUGGCCAGAGGGAACAUCUUUAUUCUUUAUCUGAAUAUUCAAAAAUGAGACUGAAAUAUGACCUAUAGAGGAGAUAUUUGACUGCCCCCAAGAAUUUCACAGCCUGACAGUUUUGAGAUGUUGUGAGGCCAAAUUAAAUAAACUUAAAAAAUAAAUAAAUGAGUGACAUGGCAUGAUUUGUUUUUCUCUGAUUUUGAGCGGCUCAUAAAAAAAUAAGGCGUAGUGGAUCACUUUGUAUAGAUCUAGAUAAAAGUGAAGAAAAGAGUACUUUUUGAAAAAAGAUUGCAUAGCACAACGAAUAAGCAAAAACUGAGGUGGUUUUUGAGCAACUGUUCCUACAAUGUGAAUCCGGAAUGAGGGCACAGAUUAUUUCUUUGCCUUCAUUUCCUGGUUAUUUCUUUGU